CCUCAAUGCUGCUAUCACAAAUAAUGCAAAUACUCGGAAACAUUGUGUUUGUGUUCGCGCCCUGCAUCGGUUUCAUCCCACAGAUUGUAAAGCGCAAGAUUACGUUCGCUCCGAUCCUUUCCACCAUUGUAAUCCUGGCGAAUGUCAUGAAGCUGUUGUAUUGGCAGUCGGAGCACUUUCCGCUCGAAAUCGUGUUGCAGAGUGUGUUCCUUGUUCUGUUCCAUUUCGUGCUGUUGUACCUCUCCAAGCAGGAACUCUCUAUACUGGAGGAGAAGCUCGUUCUUAACAGGUUUACAGAGAAGAGCUACAGGCGUUACGGCAUGUUCUCGCUCAUUUUCUCUCUUAUCGUGUCCAUCGUUCUCAUGAUCGCCACUAUCAGUCUCAUAUUCAGGACGCGGUACGUGUACACCGUCUUUGGGCCGCUGUUCCUCGUUGCUGAGUGUAGUGUGGGCCUUGUGCAGCUGCUUAUCAUUGAGAUGGAGAGCAAGUAUUCGCUGGGAAAGGAGGUGGAGUAUCCCAGAGAGUUGUUUUUAAUGUGGGCGCUGGGUGAUAUUCUCAAGUUGAUCUGGACCAUUAAGUUGAAUCCGCCAGUGUUUUUAAUUGUGAGCGUGGUGUUUCAGAUAAUGGUCGAUGUUGCGGUGGUUUUCCGUAGAAAAAAGUAGGAAUUGUAGCGUUAAGAAUAAUUAAAAAUAGUACGAAAGAUCCCUGCUUUUGUAGCUGUGCAGGAUGUGGGUAAAUUUGCAGAAAAUGCCUUAAUUGCUAUUCUGCAAAUCUAACCACAAUACCGUAAACAUUUCUGGUCAGCUGUCCUUCUAUUCAGUGCCAUGCACACCACGUAAUUAAAAACAUUGGCCA